AACUCGACGGUCUUUUCGACGGUAUUGCGAAGACCGGAGACCGUCAAUUAGUAAAACCCAAACAUGGCGGACAGUGCUUUCGGUUUGGCGAGAUUAGAUGGAAAAGUUGCUCUAAUUACUGGAGCUAGCUCCGGAAUUGGUGCAGGUACAGCCCACAUGUUUGCCAAACUUGGUGCUAGACUGGCUCUCACAGGUAGAAACGAAGAUAACCUCAACAAACAUGGUGAUGAAUGUGAAAAACUUGGAGGAAACAAGGUACUAUGUCUUCCUGGAGAUCUAACAAUAGAGGAAGAUGUGAAGAGAAUUGUUAACGAAGCUGUAAAGCACUAUGGACGACUUGAUAUUCUGGUUAACAGUGCAGGCAUUGUGGAACUUGGAACAAUAGAGAAUACAUCACUAGAACAAUAUGACAAGAUCAUGAAUACAAAUGUCAGGGCCAUGUACCAUAUAACAAUGUUAGCUGUUCCACAUCUGGUACAGACUAAAGGGAGCAUUGUAAAUGUAUCCAGUGUAAAUGGUAUAAGAUCUUUUCCGAAUGUGCUGGCAUAUAACAUGUCAAAAAGUGCUGUUGACCAAUUCACUAGAUGUUGUGCCUUAGAUUUGGCACCUAAGCAAGUGAGAGUUAACAGUGUAAAUCCAGGUGUAAUAAUUACAGAAAUACACAAGCGUGGAGGUCUGGAUGAUGAAGCCUACCAAAUGUUUUUGGAUAGAACAAAGUUUACCCAUGCCCUGGGGCGUCCUGGUCAGGUGGAAGAGGUAUCUGCUAUGAUAGCGUUCCUGGCAUCAGAGAAUGCUUCGUUUAUCACCGGAGCCCAGAUACCCAUAGAUGGAGGCAGACAUGCCAUGUGUCCAAGAUAAAGUCAGGAUAAUGUCUCGGAUUUUACCUUCGGGCAUUUCAUUCCAGGUUGUGUGUGUAUAUCACCAGCUUCCAUCUUUGUUUUAAUGCUCAGUCAAAUAUUUCACUGGAAACAAAUAGUCAAGGGUUUAUCCCUCUUUCCAAUGUUCUUUCACAAUUUACUGGAAGCAAAGUUAUUGAAUAUCAGUGAAGGACUAUAGAACAUUGGGGAAAAAAUAAUAUGUCAUGGUUGUGAUAUCAUCAUAUGAAGGAAGCUUAAGUGAUGCAGACAUCACCUCAUAUAGUCAUAGAUUGAUAGUAUAAAACUUGUUUAUACAAAAAUGAGUCAUAUUGCAGAUAUGUAUUACAGUAACCAAUAUCAUGAGGACAGGUGAAGGUUGAAUAUGUGGAAUGUCUCUGUUUUAUUUGUCUGUUAGUUAGAAAAUGUGAAUUAAACUGAAAUUGGAUCUUUUAAACAUCAAUUUUAAAGUAAAGGCCAGAAAACGAAAUAGCUUGCAACUGAAGCCCGCUCUAAUACAAGCAACUUCCAAGGUUAUGCAAAGUGUUUGAUAAAACGGCUUAUAAACUGACGAAGAUCCAAUAUUCUAUGGAAAGCUUAUAUUUUCCCCCGUAGACUGGUGCAUAUCCCAAAGAAAUUGGUACAGAAAUAAAAUAUUUACGGCUAUUUUCUUUUCCGAAUCGAGCAACAUUUGUCUUGGAAAUGAUGCCGAAAAUGAUGUCAAUGUCACGUGGAAUUGCCACACUGUAAUCCUUUUUAGUAUACUUUUCAUUUAUAGUCAAUAAUUUUAAUACAACAAAGCUAUUUCAAUUGAAAAGUGAUAUGUGGUGUGACCCAUUUUUAGGGCAGAAGGUAUAUACAUGCACCUUGAUCAGUCCUACUUGCCAUGUCUAUUUUGGGUCAAGUACUUGCCAUGUCUAUUUUGGGUCAAGAGGUCAAGGUCACAUGGACCUUUGUUAACUUUUAUAUUUUUUUUCUUAAGUUUUCUAUUUACAGUUAAUAACUGGAAUUAUGAUUUUAAAACUUUAUAUUUGGAUGCACAUCAAUGAGUUCUGCCUGCCACAUCUUUUUUUAAAAGGUUGAUAUGAAACUUAAUUAAUAUUAUAUUUUUUCUUAGGAAAUUUGCAGUUUACCAUCAGCACUGUAAAAAGUGAAGCAUGCUGGGCCAUCUUUUGUUUCUUUUAUCCAAGUCUUUAAUAACUGGAAUGAUACAAUUUUUGCAAAUUGAUAAAGUCUCUCUAGAGAUAUCUACUAUAGAUAUAGUAGAUCAAGGUAGAUCACUUUUGAAGGAGAUCAUCUUUUGUUUCUUUUAUCAUUCGUAAUAAGCAAUGAUUUAAUAUUUGCAUUUAGACAAAGUCUCUUUCAAGAUAUCAGCUAUAGAUAUAGUAGAUCAAGGUCAAUACUCCUGAAGGAGAUUAGAAAUUGUUUAUUUUUUCAAACCAGCAUAUGUUUUUAAUAGAACAACAAUGUGUUUUUAAUCCUGAUUUUUGGGAAACAUUGUUUCUAGGUAUUUUUUGUUUGUUUUGUGUUUUUGUAUGUAUGUUUUCAGAAAAAAAAAGUCAAUUAAGGACUUUGAAUUUAUUGUUUAAAACUUUAAUAAUUUCAUCAUGCUAUUAUUAUGUUUAUGCUUUGAACAAAAAUCAUCUGUAUAAGAUACUACCAUAUUAUCAUCUGUAAGCAAGUGAAUUACAUGUAUGUACAAUAAAAGUGCUGUGUAUAGA